AUGUGGGGUUGGUUCAGGCACUUACCAAUUGUGCAGGACAGAUACCAUUGCCUGGGUGGCAGGGCCAGGAUGGCCUCAUCUACCAUAUGGGCUUCGCAUCGGCUCCGAGUCCACUUGCUCCAACUACUCCAUUUCAACUGGGUGGACGUGUUGGGUGAAAGAGGCCUUUUUCCAGCAGGAGCCUCCUUCUCCAUCGGCUCCCAGCUCAGCAUCUCCAAGUGCACCAGGACAUCUUGCCCAAGAUGCAUCAUCUCCCCAUUGGCAAAGUUUAGGAAGGAGCGUACGGUGUUGGGUGAGUGGGACGACAUUCUUCAAGCGGGUGCUCCUUUCUCCAUCGCCUGGCACCUCCAAGCCUACCGGAAUUCCUCGCCGAGCAACAAUUAUCUCUCAAGAGGUACAAAGUUCAGGUGUUGGGUGAGAGAUGAGACCUUUUCCAGCAGAAAACCCCUUCUCCAUCGUCUCCCAGCUCAGCAUCUCCAAGUACACCGGCCACUCUUGCCGAACAUGCGGCAUCUCCUCGAAUGCAAAAAGUGGGUCACGUCAAUGGUGAGACAACUCCAGAAGCUUAGGGAGAUGACCUUGGUGGCCACCAGUUCCGCUUGCAGACGAGGCCUGGCACUCCAUCGCAAUGGGAGGCAGAACUUCCACACGUCCCAUAUGUCAAUGCCUCGACCACUCCAACGAAUCGGAUCCGAAGGAAAGAAGAGGUUAUGCCUAUACCCAUGGAGACGCGUCGUCGGGCUAUAG